UCAAAAAAUGUUCGUCUAGUUUAUUGUUAUCAAAAACAAAUUAAUAUGCAAAAAAAUCAAUAAAAACAGCUAAAAACUAAGGGGACCCGCUAUAAAAUGAACCUUACUGUAGUCUACUGUAUGCCAGGACAAAUAUGAAUGUUACAGUAGGAGCACUCAAAGGCAACUUAUUCACAAGACAACCUAUAAUGAUAAUUUACCUUUUCCAAGCGAUUUCAGUCUACUUUAUUUUUGUGCUUACCAUAUGGAUUUCCGCUUAUGUACUUAUGGGCAAAGCAAUACGUAGCUGGCCUGCUUGUGAUGCACCGCUGCUUCUUAGUGUCAGCGGCACCGCUGAGGAACAUCUUGUAGAAUAGCGCAAGAAGUCCAGCGCCAACGGCUAUGCCUCCAGAUAAGGAUGGAGGACCUGGCGCAGCCGAUAUAGCCAGAUGGCUUCCAAUAAUCACCGGUGCUGUAGUGGGCGCCGGCGUCCUAACCUGUAUAUAUCUGUUCAAAUCCGAGUCUCCAGAACCUGUACCGAUAGCGACCCCAGACAAAGAGGAAAUCGAAGUGCCAAAAAGAAAAACAUUCGUAGACAUGAAAGCUCGAGAGGACAGAUUCAGAACGGGUCCUGACGGCUGUGUUAGAAUAGACUUGAGGAAGAAGCGAUGGUUAACGCCGGAGGAGGAACAGGAGCUACAGAUGCUAGAGGAAGGCAUGAAUGACGAGCAGUGUGAGAUCCACAAGCAGAUGCUGGAGUGCGAGAAGAAGAGGCGGCGGACACUCUGCGAGUACCGCCAGCGACAGCGGCUGUGCCAGCUGCGCAUGCAGCAGCGCUUCCAGCAGACGCGCGAGCAGCGCCAGCCCGUGGCCAGCGAGCCCGGCCGCUGUCCCGACGACUGCCAGCAGGGCGACUGCGACGACUAGCCCGCCGCCCCCUACACACAAGCCUGCCUUAGUUGCAAGCCAGACCGACAAAACGUGAGACGAGGACGCGUCGCAGACGCGGCGGUCCUUUGCAAAAUUUUCAUACAAAACGUAUAGUAGCGUCGCGACACAAAAUAGCUGAACGGAACAAAACAUUGCGCGGACGAGGCGCAGAUAACUUUGUGAAUAAUUUUGUGCGUCGUCGUCUUACGUGUUUUCUGUGUGACUUGCGCCUCGCAACGCCAACCUGUCUGUUGUCUUUUAUCAUUGUAACACCUGUUUGUGAGAUUUAAGUGUCUCGUAAAACAUACUAAGUAAGCUUCGACAAAUAAAACCACAACAUAAUAAUACAUGAUAUUGUAUUUG